CGCGAAAGCGCAGGCUGCAUACCACGGCAGCGCGUCGUUCGAAGCUGCAAGUGCCGAUUCAACGUGGUGAUUGCUCUUAAUUCCCCAACACGCGCGUGUCUACGUACCACGCCAGGAAGAUUCGCAUCAGUGGUCCUCGGUGACGUAGUUUCGUUUCGAACAAGCUGCACGAUGCGCAACAGGCUCGAAGGGAUCGCGAUCCAACCGCGUGGCGACGCGGCACAUCGUCAGUGAAAGACACGCAACCUUUAUCCAAUUAUAUACGUGUUUACGUUCGCCUCUGCGGUCAUGGAGACGGUGAUCUGACUACGCUUCGUCGUAGAUAUUCGCUGCCAGACGCGCCCAGUGAACGUUUCUUGGCAACGUGCUACGUCGAGAAACCGUCCAGUUCUUUCCGAGCCACGCUGCGCCACACACAGCCGGUCGUCAACCAUCGUGAUUAUGGUAGUCAAGCAAAAAUACAGUAUCGUUGAUGAAUUCAUGAAUUAUCAUUGCUGAAAUCAUGAGUUAUCACUGAUCCCUCGGAAUCGAUAGGAACGCACGGAUUCGCGACGAAAAUAUUCAGUAGUAGGCGUCGAGAAUGGCUUUGGCGAGGAUCAAAAGUUUUAUAGACACAAGUCUGAAGACCGUGUCCACGCCGUUGGAUCGUACGGUGAAUCUGGAGCCGGAAGUGGGCAUUAGGAUCGUUCAUUCGAUCAACGAGAAGGCGCUGCAUGUGACUGUGCUGGGCGCUCGUCAUUUGCCACAGAAUUUUGGUUUCACCCGUGUCAACAGCUACGUGGUCAAGGUGAAGCUGAUACCGGGAAAGGAGAAGUUCGAGACAACGUCGAAGAACGAGUCGUGGCCGCAGUGGAACGAGGAAUUUACGUUUCCUCUGCGCAAGGAGACGAAACAGAAGUUCGGUAAAACGAAGGUGGUCGAGGAGGAGAUCAACGGAUCCAGGUUCAUCGUGGCCACGUUGUACGCGAUUCUCGAGGACAAACCGUUGAUAGCGACCGAGAAGAAGGAGGAGAAAGCCUCGUCUCCCACUAAGGAAUCUCCGAAGAAAGGGAGCAAGAAGAAAGAUGGCCAGGGUGCCUCCUCCGAGAACCAGGAGCCAACGAAGAAUAAAUUGUUCAGUCAGUUCUUUAACAAGGGAACGGACAAAUCGGCGGAAACUACAGUCACGGAGAGAAAAUUGUUCGAUAAAAGGCGAACUUUAGGUGCCACGACGAUCUCCUUAGAUCCGAAGAAUUUCAACGUGAAGCCACCUAAACCAAAGCAUCCAAGCGACGUGUCGACUGGUGACAUGUGGAGGCCGUUGCGACCGAUCGCCAGUGGCAUUUCUGGAGCCGAGGAAAGGAAGGAAAACAAGAAAGGCCAAGUAGAGUUGUCACUGUGCCAAGAAAAGACCAAUAAGAAUGAGGAGGGUAGCGAAAGACUGAUAUUGUCUCUGCAUCGUCUGAGAUGCUCGUUACAGACGAUGCACGAGCACGAGGCCUUGAAAGGACAGAUGUAUAUCAAGAUGUCUGUGGUAGACAAUGGACGAGUGACUCACUUCUGGAAAAGCGAUCGUUUCGCGCCGUGCGUUUCGAUGAAAUUCGCGCCAGAUCUGGCGAGAGUGAUCGCGGAUAAUCCGUAUCAGGGGGCAUUGAAGGAUGUUAGCUUUGUUGUUAAAUUCGUCUCAAAAAAUAAAUUAGGGAAGAAAACCACCGUUGGCCAUUUUGCAAUCGGACCAGAUGUAGGUGGAACCUAUGGGGAACAAUGGAAACAAGCUCUAGCGAAAUCAGGACAACAGAUAACGAAAUGGCAGGCAUUCGAGUGAAAACUAGAGACGCGAACAGAUCAAUAAGCUCAGUUUUCCUUCGAGCGUGAGCCUACUUUCGAUUUAUGCUAACAUUAUGAAUAUUUAAACGCGUGAUCGAUAGUGUAGGUCCGAAAAAUACUUAGGCGAACAUCUAUGGAUUCGAAACUACAUCGUAUAUAAGCUAUUCGUGAAAUUUAUUUUCGCUUGAUUUUAUUUUCACUGGAUCUUAUGAUUUUGUCGCAAGGCGACAUACUUGAACAAAAGUAUUUUACCCAUUUGUUUGUACAUAUCGAUCGUUUUACACAACCGUCCCCGAUUCCAAGGCAGAGAAAUCGCGAUCGUAACCUUGUUUGGAAAUUUCUGUCGAGGAUCGGAAUGAUGGAACCGUCCAAUAAGUGCCUACCAGUAUAGAAAUAUAUAUUUUAAUAGGAAUAAAUGCGACAUUCACAAAAUCUUAAUGAUGAAAUGAAUAAACGAAGAGAUCGACUAAAUUCCGUGCCGGAGGGAAUUCCAAGCAAUCAAUUUUUAACUGCUAAGUAAAGACGACAUACAAUGUGGAUAUAGCGACGCGUUUUUAUUUUGGAUCUCGACUUUUAAUUUUCUAUUAACACUCUGUAUUGAGAUAUUUUUAAGAUGAGUUACAAAAUCAGUGGAAAAGUAUUUUAUAUUAUGAAUUUUUUGAAUUUGUUUGGUAGAACUGAUAGUGACACAUAUAUUUUGCUCAUUGUUUCAAUUAUAAGCAUUAAUGUAAGUAUUAACGUAUUAAUAUAUCAUAUAUAAUUAUUGUAAUAGAUUAUUUAUAUUGCUGUAAUUAAUUGUAUAUGUAUUUUGUUAUGGAAAUUAAUUAUAUUUCAAGAAGUAUGUUUAACGCCUAAACAGUCACACCAAAAGAUUUGUAUUAACACACACAUUUGUAUAACAGAGAUAUAUUUUAUAUGUAAUACACCUGUUGUUAUACAUAAA